CAUAGGGAAUCAAGAAAAAAAAACAUGGGUUUGACCAACAAAACCCUUAACAAUGUUCUUCCUCCUUUCGCUUUUCUGUUUCUGCUUGUCUCCUCCCCACUGCUAUUCCUCUUUAAGCUAUUCCGCUACGUACAGAGAUGCAGGACCGCCGAAAAUGUCGCCGGAAAAGUUGUCGUGAUAACCGGAGCUUCCUCUGGCAUCGGCGAGCACCUAGCCUACGAGUACGCCCGUAGAGAGGCGCGUCUGACGCUGGUCGCUCGGAGGGAGGACCGUCUCAAGAUGGUCGCCAACCGGUGCCGGGAGCUGGGUUCACCGGCGGUCAUUGUGACACGUGGCGAUGUUUCAUUGGUUAAGGAUUGCAAGCGUUUCAUUGAAGAUACGGUCUCACAGUUCGGUCGUCUGGAUCACUUGGUGAACAAUGCUGGAACCGUGGAGGCCAAAAUGUUCGAAGAAUACUCCAACAUCUCAGACGCCCAUAGCCUCAUGAACACUAAUUUCUGGGGUCCAGUCUACGCCACGCAUUUCGCGGUUCCUCAUCUCAAGAAAAGUAAAGGCAAGAUAGUCGCGGUCGCCUCGCCCGCUGGAUGGUCCGGGGUCCCUAAGAUGAGCAUUUAUGCGGCGACGAAAGCAGCAAUGAUAAACUUUUAUGAAACUCUGCGGAUGGAGCUCCAUCCAGAUAUCACAAUAACCACUGUCUUUCCAGGGCUAGUCGAGAACGGAGUGACAGAUCCUGAACUUAUCGCCGAAGCAAGGGGGCGCCACGGUUUAGUGCCGAAACAGUCAGCGACAGAAUGCGCAAGAGCAGUGGUGGAUGGGAUUUGCAGCGGAAAAACGUCUGUGGCCGAACCCUCAUGGAUCGGUGUCCUGUUUUGGUUGAGCACUAUGUGCCCUGAAUUAAUGGAGUGGGCUCAACUUCGAAGUAUGAAGGCUAUGGACAAAAAUAAGUAGGAACAAAAGACUGUCCAAGUGCUUAACAUAUUUAUCCUUGUUGGUUUAGUGCUCUAUGAUGUACUGUUUAUGAGCUUUAUUCAGAUACAUUUGAUGUAUUGAUACUUUCUA